AAAAGAGCACUAAACAGGGAACAUAUAUAUACACACAUAUAGAGAGAGAGAGUGUGUGUGUGGUUUGGUUUCUCUUUGGUUCCUUUCUUAUAUGAAGCAUCACAUACUUGCAUCUCAUGCAGCAUCUUGGAACUCUUUCUAACGGUUAUUUUUGUUAAGGGGAGAAAAGAAAGGGCUUUGAUCAGUGAAUAGUGGUUCCUGUUUGGUUGCAACUACUGAAAUGGAUUACACCAAUGACAAGUAUAUCUGUGCCCUUUUGUUUAUAUCAGUUUUUUUUUUCCCUUCUUUUUAUGGGUCUGUCUCUUGGGAAAGACACUCUCUUUGGGAACUGCAUUUGGUUUUAAACAUGGAGCCAUGGGAUUGGCAUAGGGAGGACUAUUAUCUGCAAAAGAGUUUCAAUUACGAAAUUUCUCAAGGACUGUGGAAUGAAGCUCCUCAAAAUGAAGAUCUUUCCUAUGUGUUCAAUGAUGAAACAACCCCAGUGAAGGCUUGUGGGGAUUUUGCAUACAAUGAUAAUAAUAGUGAGUCAAAUAAUAUGGAAAAGGAGCCAGACAAAUGUUUGAAGACUUCUUACCAAAUUAAGAGACGGCGGAUGCUACAAUUCAAUACUCAAGAUGGGGAGCAUUCCCCUUCCAAUGAAAAUUUGUGUUCAGCAUAUUUGAAAGUAAAGGGGAAGGAGGACUCAAAUGAGGAUGUUUUCUCAGAACUACCACAAUGGAUACCGGGGGCAUCAGGGAGUGCAUCUGCUUCCAGUUACGAGGAACUUGAGUCAGCUGAAGGGUGGCUAGCAGAUUGCUUUAAGGAUACCGAAAUGCAAUUAUGUCCUGAGGAUUUGAAUUUUUCUGGGGCAGAUGAUGUUCAUAUUGAUGUUGCAGAGCUAUGCAACUUCCCACCAGCAUGUGAACAAAAUGUGAUUCAGCAUCGCAUAACUCGUACCCCCAAAAAUAUUGUUGUCAGAGGUGGGAAAUCAUUUAUAGAAACACCCUCAAAGCUAAUUUCUUCUGUGGCCUAUCCAUUUGCCUUCAUUAAACCUAGUGAUGCCCAUGGAGAUGUCACUCUGAAGGAAAUAAAUCAGCGCAUUCUGUCUCCAUCUCCUAUGAAGUCCAAACAAAGUGUGGAAGAUCCAUCAUCUUACCCAAAAUCAGCCUUUUCUGGGAAGCCCGUAGUUGGAAAAACAAAAGUUCACAUUGAAGGGGGAAAAGGUAGCAUCACAAUUAUGAGAACCAAAGGCUAAGACUAAAGUUGUUCGGUGCUGACUCUUGUCUGGGGUUUGACUUCAUUGUGUAUGUAAAACACCUGGUAAUAUAUAGUUGGGUACUGCAAUUCUUGGUAUUGUUGGCAUCCAUAAUAACACCAUCUUAGUGUUCGUAUCCUAGUUAGGAAUCUAGAUGUCUUUGUGUGGCUUCUGUUUAGUAGAUGUUUUUGUUUGAUUUAAACUCUGCAAUGAGAAUUUUGAUAUCAGUUUCCAUAUUAAUGGAUAUGAAAUGGAAAAACAUAUAUAAACCUAGUUGGUUUAAUAUGUUUGUUGAUCUC